AUGAAAUUAUGGAGAUUAGACAAAGCCACCAAAUUUCAUCUAUCAGAGAGAGGUUUUCAGCAGUGGUGCGCCAUACCGCUUACCUCCAAGAUAGAAGGUGCACAGCGAAUGAGAGUCUGUGUGUUUUGGUUUCCCUCUCUGCUGCAGCCAGAUAAUUCCAGAACCUGCGACUGGGCUGUAGCAGUUGGUUUAAUCAACAGCAAGAAAAGUGGAAGGCUUCAUUUGAAUAACCUACACAAGAUACAAGUGGUUGAAAAAAUCCUUUUGAACCUGGAAGUUGGAAGUUGGGACAAAGAUUUUACCAAAAAGAUUUUCGCCAUUUGUAACGAGUUGUCUUUGUGCGGUUCACCAGAUGUCAUGGAAGAAACAGUUCGCUGGUUGGAGAAGUCUGUGUAUCGGAUAGAACGGGAGCAGCUGCUCUGCCUCGGAGACAUCCCAGGCUGUUAUGCAACCUUCACCUUCAUCUUCUCAGAGUAUUGUAAGUUUAUCCUGGAAAUGAGCAAAAACUUGGACUCGACGAUGAAGGCCCUGAGGUCGCCGCCAGAAGAUGCUGCUUUAGAGAAAAGUGAGGCAAUGAAAAAGCUGGGAAAUGACAAGUUCCAGGAACAGCAGUAUGGAGAAGCGCUAAAGUAUUAUACCAAAGCCAUCAAAGUUUAUCCUGACAACCACAUUCUUUAUGGAAACAGAGCCCUGUGUUACAUCAAGCAGAGGGAAUAUCUGUAA